AUGUCUAGCCGAUCAACCUCAACUCCAACCUCGGAUGUCCCGCUAAACGACAUUCCUCCCAAGAAAGUCGUCACUAUACUCAAUCCAGCCGACAAACAAUCCAAAGUCCCUAACGGAAACGGCAUCCAACAACCAACAAACGACACUCCAGACACGGAACACGAGCUGGACAGUGGAACUGACACUGAUGACGGAGGUGAUGAAGAGACUAUAGGGCUGCUAAAGUAUGAUGGAAUGAAUGAUGAUGUCGAACCACCACCAGAGGAGUCCGUGCCAAAAGGAACGAAGGAAGGAAGUACUAUCAAACCUAAGAAGGAAGCCAAGUUUGCAAAGAUAUUGUCAACAAUGUCUACUGACACCAAUGUAUCAAGUGUGAUUGGUGUGGGUAGUAAUACAGGUGUCUGUGUGGUGUGUGGUAAUCCACUGCCAAAACCUGUCGAGACACAGACAUUGCUUGUCAAGAACAUAAAGCCUCGUAUACUUCGACAGUUGAGGCUCAUGUCGCCUCACAAGACAUUCAGCUCCCAUUCUAGAGUGUGUAUUCGAGACCUGAAUUUAGGAAUGCAGGCCCGUAUAGAACAGCUGCUCGCAGAGGAUCAGAAUCAACUGGCAGCGUUACAAGAUAAUGCUGUGAGGAAUUUGACUGAGCAUGAGCUGCUUGAAGAGACGUGGCAGCACCAAUUUGACAAAAAGAGAACCAUGGGUCAAAAAGCUGCAGAUUCUGUAGCCAAACGUGGUGGUUCCUGGUACUUUAUUAGUGGUUUGCUAGCCUUUUUAGCUACAUGGGCUGCCAUCAACUUGAUCCUGGCUGCAGUCGGCAGUAGUCCAUGGGAUCCAUACCCCUUCAUUCUCCUAAACUUGUUUCUAUCAAUGCUGGCUGCUCUACAAGCUCCCAUCAUCAUGAUGUCUCAAAACCGUCAAGCAGCUCGAGACCGCAUCCAGAACGAUUACGUAUCCCGAAUGACUCUUAGAGCCGAAAAUAACGUCCGUCAUGUAAAUGCCAAGACUGAUCAUUUCUUGGGACAUCAAUGGAAGCGCCUACUAGAAAUCCAAGAGAUAAAAAUCGAACUACUACAAACGCUACAACAUCAACAUAAACGAUACGUCCAACGAGGUGUACGUAGUGGCUACUCGCUCGUUUCUGAACCUGGACUUCCCGGUCCGAAAGCUGAGACAUGGAGUGCAGAAACACAGCCUGAUGCUCAUGCUUUAAUGUUGCUCAAACAUCAAUUUGGCUUGGAGAUGUAUCCUGAGCCAAUCUUGUUUUCUCAUUGGAGUGGUGAAGGGGACAAUUAUCAUGGUCAGUUGACGAAUAGUAGGGCAGCGUACUCAUCUGGUGCUCGUAUAAAGAGGAUUGUAUAUGAUUUGGAAUUUGAUGAGUCUAUGAUGGCUACUCUGGAUGACAUAUUCUCUGGUGAAGGGUCUGUGUCGCUAAGGAAUGACUUUGAUAUGCCUCAUAUGUAUCUCGGAGGUCGAAUCUUGGCAUUGGAAAUUCACUCAAAGGACGGAUCCGUCGUAUCUCAUACCAACGGCGACAUGCCAACCCGCUAUAAACCAUCUUUCGCUCCACGUCGUCGAGACAAGAUUGCCGACUUUUGGAAGACACCCAUUACUCGCGUAACAAUAACGUACUCACCACCAUGGCAAGUCGCAGUCCUAGUACUCAAACCAGGCCAAAUAAUGGAAAGUCUCGAUGCCAAUUUCUUCCCACCACACCACUUGUCUGCAAACAAGGAAUUGAUCACAACACCAACAACAGGUGCUGCAGCAGGAAGAUCAUCCCCAUCAGGAGACUCAACAUCAGCGCCACCAGCAACGCCAUAUUUAUACAUGUACUCUGAAGUGUCUAGUGAAUCCACAACGCCAGACCCGGAAAAGUAUUUAAAGGCUAUAUUGGGACCGAGACCGUUACCCGCAUCGUGGAAGCAGGUCGCUACAUGCGAUUUCGUGACUCCUGGAUCUUCUGAAUUGCAUUCUGCUAGUAGUGAAUAUCUGCCUAUAUCUAUGAGUUUGGAGGUGAACUUGCAUGGACCGGGUGUCUUUGUGUUUUAUUGUCAGGAGACCAGAGUGUCGUUGCACGGUCAUAUCGAGAAUGCCUCAUAA